GCCAAAACCAAAUAAAAAGAUGGAUGCAGCAGAGAAAUGGCAUGAGUAUCCGACAAUGCCAGAGGUGGCAGAGGAACUGAAAAGAAUGACAGAUAUAGGUCUCCCCAUAGCAGCCAUGAGCUUGCUGAGCUAUCUCAAGAACAUGAUCUUAGUUGUGUGCAUGGGAAGGCUUGGAAGUCUCGAGCUAGCUGGUGGUGCCUUAGCCAUCGGCUUCACCAACAUCACAGGCUACUCGGUCCUUUCGGGCUUGGCGACAGGGAUGGAGCCACUAUGCAGCCAAGCCUUUGGUUCCAAGAACUCAUCUGUUGCGUUUCUCACUCUACAGAGGACAAUUCUUAUGCUACUUUUAGCCUCAAUACCUAUCGGUUUGCUAUGGAUCAACCUUCAACCCUUAAUGCUCGCCCUCCAUCAAGAUCCUGAUGUAGUCCAAGUCGCAAGCUUGUAUUGCCGAUUCUCCAUCCCUGAUCUCGUUGCUAAUAGCCUUUUACAUCCUAUACGUAUAUAUCUACGAAGCAAAGGAACCACAUGGCCAUUGAUGUGGUGCACGUUAAUCUCCAUUCUCCUACACUUCCCUAUCGCCAUAGUUCUAGCAUUCACGGUGAAACUCGGGCUAGCUGGACUAGCAAUCUCCACCUUCAUUACCAACUUCAACGCUAUAUUGUUGCUGUUAUGCUAUAUGUAUUUUACCAGUCAGCCCACAGAGUCUUCUCCACUCGAGGACGAGCAACUUUUGGUUCACCCACCCCCAAAAGCAUCACUUACUUGUUCACUAAGCAAUGAGUGGGGGGUUCUACUUAGACUCACCAUACCGAGUUGCAUAGCUGUUUGUUUAGAGUGGUGGUGGUAUGAGUUCAUGACGAUCCUAGCUGGCUACUUAAGUAAACCUCGAGUUGCUCUUGCAACCUCGGCUAUAGUAAUACAGACCACUUCUCUUAUGUACACUCUGCCUACUUCACUGAGUGCUUCGGCUUCUACCCGGGUGGGGAAUGAGCUCGGAGCAGGGAGGCCGGAGAGAGCAAGAUUAGCUGCUGUAGUUGCUAUAGGAGUUGCUCUAUUGAGUUCGUUAUUUGGCUUGUUGGGAACCACACUUGGGAGAGAAGCGUGGGGAAGGGUCUUUACAGAGGACAAAGAGGUCCUAGAAUUGACCAUGAUUGUCCUACCUAUAAUUGGGGUAUGCGAGCUAGCUAACUGUCCACAAACAACAAGUUGUGGGAUCUUACGGGGAAGUGCUAGGCCUGGCAUUGGAGCAGGGAUCAACUUCUACUCGUUUUACUUGGUGGGUGCACCGGUGGCCGUUGUCUUGGCCUUCGUUUGGAAACUUGGGUUUGUGGGUCUUUGCUAUGGUCUUUUAGCAGCUCAAGUUGCAUGUGUGGUCUCAAUUUUAGUAGUAGUGUACAAGACAGAUUGGGAAAGAGAGGCAAUGAAGGCCAAAUACAUGGUGGGCAAGAGUGACAACACACUGGCACAUGAAGAACAAACAUUUCUUAAAUGUGAAGAAGGUGUUGGGUUCCUCAUUAAAGGAGUUGAGUAA